CCGUCGUCCGCUGUGUUUGGGCACGUUCCAUCCCCGGCGCGCAACAGCGACAGCACAAGCCACAAGCGGGCACGAGCGGCGGCCGUGUAUGACGACGACGCUCACCUCGUACGAACGUUUUAUAACUUUUCACAUCGUUUUUUCGCCUCUCGAUAAAAUCGCGAAUAAAUUCCCUGUGGUGCGAUACGGUCCUCGGACACGUCGUCGACAAUAAAAUCAAUUCUCGUCGGCGAAAUCACCGCCGUCGUCGUCGAUCUUGUUGUUGUUUACGUCCGUCCUCGGACUCGGUGAUAAUAGACAGGACCGAUAAUAAUAAUAAUAAUAAUAAUAAUAAUCGGUCGUGUGUGUGUGUUGCGCGCGCCAGACGGUUACUUGUUGAUUUGAUUUUUUUCCCCGAUUUUCUUUCUGGACGCGUUUACCCCGACCACCACCUCUCCCUGCACCGACCCUAACGAAGCGGAUUCGACGUCGUCCGUCGCGCGUUUCGUGAGCAUCUCGCUCGCACGCGUCACACACACACAGUCGCUCGCUUCACACACUCACACACGCACAGUGCACACACACGGGAACGUAACUGGCAACUGGCAAGUACACACACACGCGAGCGCGCGCGCGCACACACACUCGUACAGUCACUCUCGUACACAUUCACGGACCGGAUGCCAAAAUAAUCGCGCUGCCCGCUUUUCCGCCGGAUGCAGUAGUGGCCCGCGAACACAGCAACAGACUACGUCGAGACACCGAUGCGAAGACGGUCGACAUGUAGACGUCAUGAUCGACAUGAUCCGCCGGCCGAUCGUCGCCGCCGCCGUCGUCGUAGCCGCCAUAUCACUUGGCCACCACCACCUCGAGGGUGCACCGUCGUCUUGAACAGCCGCCAUGGACCAUUCGGCUGCGGCGGUCCACACGUCUAACGAAAGGCCAUCUGAACAUUUACUUCCUCAACCCUUGAUUGCUGAGGCUCUAGAUAGUCCAAAUUUACCCUCUACAACUACGUUAACUGUUAUAGUAGUUAAAGAUGAAAGAGGAUAUGGCAUGAAAGUGUCUGGAGAUAAUCCGGUAUUUGUGCAAUCUGUCAAACAAAGUGGAGCUGCAGAAAAAGCAGGCUUACAUAGUGGUGAUAAAAUUAUUAAAGUGAACGGUGUUAAUGUGACACACUCUACACACACAGAAGUGGUUGAACUUAUAAAAUCUUCUACCCAAGUCGAAUUAACAGUUCAACAAAGGCCUUUGUUUAUAAAUUCAUCAAAUCCCAAUUUAACAUUACCACCUUUGCCUUUACCGACAAUGAAUUCUUCUUCUGUAUCUCCAAUUGCUCCGUGUUCUUCUGUAACACCAUCCAGACCUUUGCAUCACCAUCAUUCAGCUCCUGCUCGUGAUCGAAUUACAGGACCUCAACCUGUUGAUGUGGAACAAAUGAGGCAUGUUGAACUAGAACGAUGGCAAACAUUCAGAUUAAUGUUAGAAAAAGAACAAAGGUAUGUGGAGGUAUUAAAAAAAGAACUUCAUAGAUCAUCAUCAGAUGUAUCCAAUGGUGAUAACUAUAAAUUGAAAAGAGAAUUGUCUGGCGCUGAACGCCGAGUUAAGACACUGCAAGACCAGUUAACUACGUUCAAUGAAAUACCGCUUUGUAAUAUUGUUGCACAAGCAUCUUCACUUCAACCUCCUCCACUACCACCAAGAAACCCACCACCACUACCUCCUAGAAAUCCAACGGCCCCUUUGAUUAGUGAUAAGCAGUCGAAUAAUUCACAUAUCAGUGGUGUUAACAAUAGUCAAACUGAUUCUCCUAAUCUUUCAUUGUGUCAUCAACGUACAAAAUCAAAUCCUGAUCAGCUUAGUGAAGGUAAACCAUUAGGUACUAAAAAGUUAAGCUUAUCUGAAUCCUUCAACGAUUUGCAUUUUGUAAAACACUCCAAGGGUGGAUUAGCUUGGGAUGUAGUAUCACCACCUCGUCAACAUUCUCCUAACAGAUCUCCUGAUGUAGCAAACCCAUGUGAUAAACCGCACAUAGAUAUGAAUAAAUAUGGCGGUGAUCGAUGUUCAGUUGAUUCUUCAGAUCUAAAAUUAACUCAAACUCCAAUAAUUUCAAUGGAGGAUGAUGAAAUUUCUGAUCAAGAAUCUAGCCAUUUAGAAGAACAUGGCCCAUUUAAAAGUUUUACUAAAUUAGUAGAGCAUAAUGCACAUCUAGCAGUAUUUUUAAACUAUGUUAUAUCAAAUAGUGAUCCCUCAGCUUUACUAUUCUAUUUAGUUACAAAUUUAUUUAAAGAAGGCAAUGCCAAAGAAAUGAAAAAAUGGGCGUAUGAAAUCCAUUCCAGUUUUCUAGUGCCUUGUGCUCCAUUGAGACUGACUAAUAUUGAAGAGAAUCUUGUUCGUGAAAUUGAUGACAUUUUACAAAAAGAUUCGGAUCGUGAAGAAAUUUUACGUAAAGUGUUUUGGAAAGCUCGAACCAAAGCCAAAGAAGAGUUAAAUGAACAGUUGAGUGAUUUUCGUCAUAGACGUACAGCUGGUUUGGGCACUCUGUUUGGCCCACCUGAUUUUCAACUUGAUGAUAGUAUUAAUGAUAAAGUAAAAGAAUUGAAAAUAAUUGAAAUGAUUCUUGUUCCUAAUAUGGAACCAUUUAUAGAGGAUAUGGACAAAGAGAUUGUAGAUGAUAGAAGAUUUACAAUGGCAGCUGCACUCGCUACAGUUAUGAGUAAAAUAUUUGGGCUUCGGGGAACUCAAUUUAAUUCUCUUUUAGAUCGUUGCCCAACUUUUGUUUCCAAAGAAAAAUCUCUGAAAGCUAAACUUAUAGGAAAAUGUCGAAAAUUUACUAACAAAGGACAUCAUUUUGUCGCUCAUCAGUAUUUCACUGUGACUUAUUGUAACCAUUGUCAGUUAAUUAUUUGGGGAAUUGGACCACAAGGUUAUCAAUGCACAAAUUGUAUUUUAAAUAUUCACCGUGUUUGUGUGAAAGUUUUGGAUGAAAACUGUCCUGGUCCAAUAGUGAAAAAAGAUAAAGCCAAUGAUCGCAUUAGUAAACUCAUGGAUAAAAUAAGGCCUGAACGUGAAACUCGAAGAAAACCUGGUUUGAACUUUGUUCAAAUUGAAAAAUCAAAGAGACAAUCUGAAGAUUCUGGUGACGUGGUUGGGGCCCUUCCUGAAAAAGAUUCUGAUCGGACGAGUUUAAGCAGUAGCAGUUUUCAUUUUAAAGCUGAUGAUAGUUUUAAGUCUGAAAGAGGGGAUACCAGUACAAUUGAAGAAAUGUCUCAUUGUCCAAAAUUAAAACCAACAGGAAUCUCCAUAAACCGAUCUGAAAGCUAUAAAGAACGUAUUCACCAAAAGCGUCAAAUUCGAGAAAGAAGAAAAACCAGUGAUCCCAAUCUCCCAUCAAAAUAUAAAAAUGAUGUGGAACAUGAAAUGCAGUUUUCAUUUGCACGUUCUGAUAGCUCCUCAAAUUCUAAUUUAUCAACCAAAAGCUUGGACAGCCGCAGUACAUCUUUGGAAGGCAUUGGACAAGGUGGAGAGAUGACUUCUUGUUUAGAUAGUGAUUCUGAUGAUGAAUUAGAUUUACCUGAUUGGGCCAGUAAUGUUCCGACUGAAAUAUUGGAUCAGCUAUCAUCUAAAGAGAAAAAACGUCAAGAAGUUAUAAACGAACUUUAUCAUACUGAAAGAUCUCAUAUUCGAGGGUUAAAAGUUUUGGAGCAUGUUUUUCAUCGACCUAUGAGAGAACUGCAGGUAUUACCACAAGACCAACUUCAAUUGUUAUUUGCAAACCUUGAACAAAUGUUUGAAUUGCACUCUCAGUUUUGUAAUGCCAUGAAAGCAGUCAGGAAAGACAAUCAAGUUGUUCAAAAUAUUGGUCAUGUCUUACUUAAUACUUUUGAUGGAACUGCUGGAGAAGUAUUUCAAAAAGCUGCCGCUACAUUUUGUGCUCGACAACAAAUAGCUUUAGAAUCUUUAAAAGAAAAAAGAAAAAAAGAUACAAAAUUAAAUAUAUUUUUAAAUGAAGCUGAGGGCAAUCCUGUGUGCAAACGUUUACAGCUGAAAGACAUUUUACCUACUGGCAUGAUAAGAUUAACUAAAUAUCCAUUAUUAUUUGAAAGUUUGGUGAAGUGUACAUCAAAUGAAGAAGAAUUAUUGAAUAUUAAAAGAUCUUUCGAGAGAAGUAAAAUUAUUUUAAAUCAUGUAAAUCAAGCGGUACGUGAGGCAGAAGACCAACUUCGAUUAUCUGGUAUUCAAAAAAAAUUAGAUGCUUCUCCAUUUGAAAAAGUUGAUCAUCCUCUUAGUGUUGACUUUAAGAAUUUAGAUGUAACAAAACAUAAAUUAAUACAUGAAGGUGGUCUGUGGUUAAGAAUUGGCGGCACUCGUCAAAAAAUGAUUGAACUGCAUGUAUUGUUAUUAGAAGAUUUAAUUAUUUUGUUGAACAAAGUAGACGAUAAAUAUGUUUUAAAAUAUUAUGGCUUCCAAGAUCGUACUCCUACUUUAAGUCCAAUUAUUAAGAUGUCAACGGCUUUAGUCAGACAUAAUGCAGUGGACAAAAAAGCUAUGUUCUUAGUAAACACAUCACUAGCUGGCGCUCAGAUAUAUGAUUUAGUUACAACUUCGUCAAAUGAAAGAAAAACAUGGUUUCGACACAUCUCUGAAGCAACUGAAUCCUAUAAAGCUCGUGAAGGAAAAAUUAAGAAACAAGAACAGACCUCCCAUCAUGUUAUUGAUUACGAAGACAUAAUACAGGGUACUAAAAAAAAGUCGGUGACUAAUAAUUGUUCAGAACCUCCUAAUAAUAACAAUAAUAAUAGUUUAAAUAGUUCCCAGUUAUCCACUUCAUUAGACUCUAGUAAUUGUGAUACAUCUAAACAUGGUAAUGAAAACUUUCCAAAUAGUGAAGCAUUGACCGUCGCUAAUAGCACUCCUGUGUUGUCCAAAACUCAAAAAAGUCCACUUAUUGAGCCAUCUGAAGUAUUAGUAUCACAAAGUUCUGUACUCAAAGCCGAACCAGUUAUCACACAUCUUGAAAAAUUACGAAGAAAUAAUAAAGUUAUUGAAGAAGCAUUAAAUGAACGUUUACAAUUAGUUGCUGAUAUACUUAAAGUGCCUUUAUCAAUCCCUAAUAAGACAUCUGAUGGUCAGGAUAAAAACAUUUCUGACGAGCCAAACGAAAUUUUACUUUCAGCAGUUUCUCAAGGAAAUGAAAUUAUCACAGUAUUAAAUGAAUCACUGAGUAUGACUGAUGUCGAUGCAAUUGCUGCGAGUUUGGGAACAUCAAAUUUAACGUCAAAUUGUAGUUUAUAUAAAGCUUAUGCUACACAGUUAUCUCGGAUCACCAAAGUAAAACCAAUUGUAGCUUCUUUGAAUUCUCAAAUUACAGAACUUUUGAUAUCAACUACAAAACAUGGUAAGCUGGAAGAAGACUUACGUAAAGAACUUCAGACAUAUCGAGAAAGACUACAUGCUUUUCAAGAAAAAUCAAUUGGAUCUACUAACACUGAAAAAAAUAAAACUGAAAGUUCUGUCGAAAAUGCUUCCACUAUCAACAGUUCAGAGAAAAAUGGCUCAUCAUUAGAGGUAUGAGUGUAUUUAUUAUUAAACAUCAAUUCAUAAUAUACACACUUUACCAAUAUAUAUGUCAUAUCAUGCCAAUAUGUUUUCACUGUGUCAUUACAAUAGUCUACCGCUUAUAAAUUGUAUCAAUAUCUUUUUUAAAUCUUUAAAUUGAAAGUAUAUAUUUAUUUAUUUAUAUUUUAUUAUUUUAUUUAAAUGAUAAUUUUUCAUGAAGGUAACUAACAAAUGAUCAUUGUUUUUUUUUUUAAAACAUUAUUUUACGUCCUGUUUUAUUUAAUUUUUUUUAAGACUGUGUAAAAAUACCUAUACGAUUAUUUUAAUAAAGAUAACUUUACAACUUAACUUACGAUACCUUAAUAUCUUUGAGAUAUUGCUAUUAUUUUUAUUAUUUAUUUAUUAUGAUUUUUUUUUUUUUUUUAUUGCUGUUUUAAAUUCAAUAUAAGUGUUAAUACCUUUAGUUAUAUGUUUUUAUUACUACUUAAUUUAAUUGUAUGUUUUUUUUUUUUAGUUUUACAUAUUAAGUGUUACUUGUUACCAUAUAACAAGGUUUUGCGUAAUUUGUUAAUAUGUUGAAUUAAUUUAAAAACAAAUUAAAUUGUAAGCUUUAUUAUUUGCUAAGCCAAUAUAAGACUAGCUUCAAAUACAAUUUUACACCUAUUCAAUGUUUAAACAUGAAAAACUUUAUUUUUUGAAUACAUAAAUUAAUUUAAUAGCACAGUAA